UUAAUUGUUUUCUGCUGAAAAAUUUAUUAUAAACAGUGUACGAACUUAGACAAUUCAAGUGAGAAUCAUUAUAACUAAAAAUGGCUGAUCCCAAGUUCCAGUUUUUACCGUAUAUUGCCCAUGAUCAACCGGACGUUUACGAAACGGCGGACGUUCCGGAAUCGGAAACGUCUGAUUUCUACGACGAAGAACCAUCCAACGAAAGUAUCGAACGUUUGCACAUAUCAACAAAAGAUUCGUACAACAAAUUCAAGGGAAAAUAUCUAACUGGAAAUGUCGACUUCAGCGAUAGGAUUGGUAAGAAGUUCCGCGUUGGUUACGACGCUCGCAGUGGCGAAUGGGAUUUGGCUGGGGAUGGUGAGCGGGAAACGCCACUUCAGAAAUGUCUCCGCCUGCAGUGCGAGAUGAAUGAGCUGAUGGAGGAAAUAACUGUUUCCCAAGCGGAUGCCAACAAAAGUAAGGAGGAAAAGGCAUCGUAUGCGGCGGUUUUUGAAGUUGUUGGUACCGCCAAAAAAGUUCUGGAUAGCUUAAAGUUGGAACAAGUGGCCGGCAGUGAAACCGUAUCUGAAGGAGGCAACGCUGAGGCGAAAGUGCUUUUGACGAAGAUUGAGGAAUUUAAAAAGACCGGUGGCGCUGAUCCGAAUAAAACGAUUACCGAGUUGGCAUAUAGCACAAGAAUCGCAGAACUAGAACAUCGUUUACACUUGCUGGAAACAGCCGUCGGUGCUAAGCCGGAGAAGAUAAGUCGGCUUGCCGGUUCUGCCGGAGCUGGCAAUCUGAUCGAGGCGGUACAGGGCAUAUCGGCAAAGGCUGCCCUGUUGCAACCACAACAACUAGAUCUGAUUGAGAUCCGUUUGGGAACUCUACUUCAAAAGAUGGCUUCUAUCGAGGAGAAGUCCUCCGCCGAAGGACAAGACUCGAAUCGAGAGCAAAAAAUUAUCGAACUUUACGAGAUUGCUAAAUCUACCGAACCGAUCGUGCAGAUUUUGCCGGACAUGUUGCAUCGUAUGCAGACACUGGAAUCACUUCAUAAAUAUGCAACUAAUUUUAGUAAGUUAUUCGCUGAGCUGGAAUCAAGUCAAGCAAGUAUUUUGAACGGAAUUGCCGGCAACAAAUCGCUGCUAAGCGGAGUCCAGGAAGCGUUUGCACAAAAUAUCGAAAACGUGAACAAAGAAGUUAAGAAACUGGAGGAGAGAAUGAAGUCCUUACAAGCGAAGGUAAAGUAAAUUCCAUUUCCAAUUCAUGCGUAAUUUUAUACUGAAGGCAUGUAUGCUUAUGCAAAGAAAAUAUGUUUUAUGCUACUUGAAGUUGCACUCAUAUAUUGUGCUAUUAUCCUAACUUAUAAGAAUAUUUAUUAUCAGUAAACUCAUAGAAUCGAUGG